AGUGGAAAAGGCAGGCGAGGCAGGGUUGUCUCUGGCUUCAGAAAACAGCUGCUGAUUAGAUUCCAUGUCUGCGGGCUGAAUUUAUUCCGUGUUUUUCAGCAGCAGGAAUUCAAGAGGGAUGCUACUGUUUGGGUUUCUGAUCGUGAUUUAUAUUUAUUCAGAGGAAUAACAGAGGGUGGAUCUGUUCCCGGCGCGAGCAUGCUCACAACCAGCCGACUCUCCCAUUAUCCAACUGCCUAGUUUGGUGCUUCAAUGUACAUGUGUAUUUCGUGUGCCUAUGUGUGUAUACAAACACGCAUGCAUGCCUGCAUGGACAUAUGUGUGCACAGGUUAUUUUUUAAGGACAAUUCUUUCAAUACGGUCUUUACCCCUUACUUGAAACAGGUGUUCAGGAAAAAAAUGCACAAAAUCCUGACUGACCGGAAUAAUUCCUGAAGAAGGGGACUGGAUCCGUGGGUCAGAGAACACAGGACCAGUUUGCCAUCCCAAGGCCGAAGGCCUCCCUCCAACACAGCCCUCCCAGCUCUUAAAAGCCUCUGAUAUGUCUCGACCAUGAGACCACGGCCAGCUCUCGGCAGGAUUCGAGGCACAGACCUGGCAGCCUCAAACUAGUUCAUGGAGGAGCCUCAAGAGACACGGGCCAGGUGAGCUCUCCCUUCCAGAGGGAAGAGCAGAGCAUGAGAGGAGGCAGCUGCCGCAGGAGUGGACAUGAACACUGGUUUUCAAAGAGAACAGCGUUUUAGUUUUGGUCAUCGAAAGUGGUGCCUUCAACACAGAAGAUCGUGAAUUCCCCUCCGCAGCCGUUCAUCUCCAACACGGGAUUAAAGGGGACAAGAGGCAGGACAGAGCUGCCUGUGGCGUCCAGCGUGGCUUCUCUCGUGUGGGGACCAGGGAUGCCUGGGCCGUGCACACAGCCGAUUCCAGCCGUCAGCGGUUUGCAUAGCACACAGGGGACUUGUAGGGGGCCACUCGCCACUGCCAACUGAAACAAUACGAUGGCGACAUUGACAUCCUUCACGACGUUCCCACGACAGACAUUCAGGCAGAAAGUGCUGGCGCAUUUUCUGUCUGCAAAGUAGAGGGCCAUGCCUCACUCAUGUGAAUAGUCCAGGCCCUGAUGACCUGCUCUGAGUCCACUUACAGGCAGUGACACUUGCAAAAAACUCCCCAAACCAUCCUGGGUUUGGCUUCCAUAGCUCUGGACCCAUGCGGCCAAAGCCAGACACCUCCUUGGGACACUUGGAUUAUUCGUAAAUGCAGCCUGCCCUGACUCUCCCUGAAUAGCAUCUGAAGCCCCGUGAAGGUCAUGGAUCCGGAACAAAGUGUCAAGGGCACCAAGAAGGCGGAGGGAAGUCCCCGGAAGCGGCUGACCAAAGGAGAGGCCAUUCAGACCAGUGUUCCAUCCAGCGCCCCGUACCCUGGCAGCAGCACAGCUGCCACCCAAGGGGGCCCCCUCCCAGAGCUCCUAGCCCCGCAGCCCUUCCCAGGCCCCUCGUCAGUUCUUAGGGAAGGCUCUCAGGAGAAAACGGGCCAGCCACAGAAGCCCCCCAAGAGGUCCUCCAUCGAAGCCUCUGUCCACAUCUCACAGCUUCCGCAGCACCCUCUGACACCAGCAUUCAUGUCACCUGGCAAACCCGAGCAUCUCCUGGAGGGGUCCACGUGGCAGCUGGUCGACCCCAUGAGACCUGGGCCCUCAGGCUCCUUCGUGACCCCUGGGCUCCAUCCUCAGAGCCAGCUCCUCCCUUCCCACGCUUCCAUCAUUCCCACCGAGGACCUGCCUGGCAUCCCCAAAGUCUUCGUGCCCCGUCCCUCCCAGGUCUCCUUGAAGCCCACAGAAGAGGCACCCAAGAAGGAGAGGAAACCACAGAAGCCGGGCAAGUACAUAUGCCAGUACUGCAGCCGCCCCUGUGCCAAGCCCAGCGUGCUCCAGAAACACAUCCGCUCACACACAGGCGAGAGGCCCUACCCCUGUGGCCCCUGCGGCUUCUCCUUCAAGACCAAGAGUAACCUCUACAAGCACAGGAAGUCCCACGCCCACCGCAUCAAAGCUGGCCUGGCCUCGGGGAUGGGCGGUGAGAUGUACCCCCCAGGGCUGGAGAUGGAGAGGAUCCCUGGGGAAGAGUUUGAGGAGCCCACCGAGGGAGAAAGUACCGAUUCGGAAGAGGAAACGGGCACCACAUCCACUCACCCCGCAGAGCUCUCCCCAAGGCCUAAGCACCCGCUCCUGUCCAGCAGUUUGUACAGCUCUGGGAGCCAGGGUUCCAGCCACGAGCGCUGUUCCUUGUCCCAGUCCAGCUCAGCCCCGUCACUCGAGGACCACACCCACACCAUAAAGCAGAAGCUGGCCCUCCGAUUGAGUGAGAGGAAAAAGGUGAUCGACGAGCAGGCGUUCUUGAGCCCGGGCAGCAAAGGGAGCACCGAAUCUGGGUACUUCUCACGCUCCGAGAGCGCCGAGCAGCAGGUCAGCCCCCCAAACACCAACGCCAGGUCCUAUGCGGAGAUCAUCUUUGGCAAGUGCGGGCGGAUCGGGCAGCGGCCCGCCGUGCUGACUGCCACUUCCACCCAGCCCCUCCUGCCCCUGUCCACCGAAGACAAGCCCAGCCUGGUGCCUCUGUCCGUGCCCCGGACACAGGUGAUUGAGCACAUCACCAAGCUCAUCACCAUCAACGAGGCCGUGGUGGACACCAGCGAGAUAGACAGCGUGAAGCCCAGGAGGAGCUCACUGUCACGGCGCAGCAGCAUGGAGUCACCCAAAUCCAGCCUCUACCGAGAGCCCCUGUCAUCAUCCCACAGCGAGAAAACGAAGCCCGAACAAUCACUGCUGAGCCUCCAGCACCCGCCCAGCACCACUCCCCCUGUGCCUCUGCUGAGAAGCCACUCAAUGCCUUCUGCCACCUGCACCCUCAGUACCCCCCACCACACCUUCCGAGGCAGCUACUCCUUCGACGACCACGUCGCCGACUCGGAAGCCCUGAGCCGCAGCAGUCAACUGUUUACCUCCCACCCCCGGAUGCUCAAGCGCCAGCCGGCCAUCGAACUACCUUUGGGCGGGGAGUACAGUUCCGAGGAGGCAGGGCCGAGCAGCAAAGACGCAGCCUCCAAACCCACGGAUGAACCGGAACCCAGGGAAAGCGACCUCACCAAAAAGACCAAGAAGGGUUUGAAAACGAAAGGGGUGAUCUAUGAAUGUAACAUAUGUGGUGCUCGGUACAAGAAAAGGGACAACUACGAAGCCCAUAAAAAAUACUACUGCUCAGAGCUUCAGAUGGCAAAGCCCAUCUCUGCAGGUGCUCACACGUCUCCGGAAGCCGAAAGGAGCCAGGCCGAGCAUGAGCCCUGGUCCCAGAUGAUGCAUUACAAACUGGGGACCACCUUGGAGCUCACUCCACUGAGAAAGAGGAGGAAGGAGAAGAGCCUCGGGGACGAGGAGGAGCCGCCUGCCCUUGAGUCCACAAAGAGUCAGUUUGGCAGCCCCGGGCCAUCCGAGGCUGCUCGGAAUCUUCCCUUGGAAUCCACCAAGUCACCAGCAGAACCGAGCAAGUCGGUGCCCUCCCUGGAGGGAUCUGCGGGCUUCCAGCCAAGGACUCCCAAGCCAGGGUCCGGCUCAGAAUCAGGGAAGGAGAGGAGAACCACAUCCAAAGAAAUUUCUGUCAUCCAGCACACCAGCUCCUUUGAGAAGUCCGACUCUCUGGAGCAGCCCAGCGGCUUGGAAGGGGAAGACAAGUCUGCGGCCCCGUUCUCAUCCCCCCCGCCUGCCCCUCACGGACGCUCGGCUCACUCCCUGCAGCCCAGGUUGGUCCGCCAGCCCAACAUUCAAGUUCCUGAGAUCCUGGUGACGGAGGAGCCUGACCGGCCAGACACAGAGCCGGAGCCACCCCCUAAGGAACCCGAGAAGACGGAGGAGUUCCAGUGGCCCCAGCGUAGCCAGACACUUGCUCAGCUCCCAGCCGAGAAGCUGCCACCCAAGAAGAAGAGACUGCGCCUGGCAGAGAUGGCCCAGUCGUCUGGGGAAUCCAGCUUCGAGUCCUCCGUGCCUCUGUCUCGCAGCCCGAGCCAGGAGAGCAGUGUGUCUCUGAGCGGGUCCAGCCGCUCAGCCUCCUUCGAGAGGGAUGACCACGGAAAAGCCGAGGCCGCUGGGCCCUCGUCUGACACACGCUCCAAACCCUUGGGUACCCACAUGCUGACUGUCCCCAGCCACCACCCGCAUGCCCGCGAGAUGCGGAGGUCAGCCUCAGAGCAGAGCCCCAACGUUUCCCACGCCACCCACAUGACCGAGACACGCAGCAAAUCCUUCGACUAUGGCAGCUUGUCCUUGACAGGCCCCCCUGCACCAGCCCCAGCCGCCUCAGCCGCCCCAGCCGCCCCAGCCGCCCCACCAGAGAGAAGAAAAUGCUUUUUGGUGAGACAGGCCUCCCUGAGCAGGCCUCCUGAAACUGAGCCGGAGGCUGCCCCCAAGGGAAGACAGGAGAGUGAGGAACCAAAGCCCUCAUCCAGUAAAUCUUCGGCCAAAAGCGCAUUGCCCCCAAUGUCCUCGGCAGCCACCUCUCACAGCGGGCACCCAGGAGGCAAGAGCCAGGUGCCGGACAGACCCACCCUGGAGGCCACUCCGCCCUACACAGAAGCACUGCAGGUGUUCCCCCAUCCCGUCGCUCAGCAUCCCCUGCAUGAGAAACCGUACCUGCCCCCGCCUGUCUCCCUUUUCUCCUUCCAGCACCUCUUGCAGCCUGAGCCAGGACAGUCUUCAGAAUUCUUUUCCACCCAGGCCAUGUCCAGCCUGCUCUCCGCACCAUACUCCAUGCCCCCGCUUCCUCCCUCCUUAUUUCAAGCACCCCCACUUCCUCUCCAACCUACUGUUCUGCACCCAGGCCAGCUCCACCUCCCCCAGCUCAUGCCUCACCCAGCCAGCGUCCCCUUCCGGCAGCCCCCUUCGUUUCUCCCCAUGCCAUACCCUGCAUCCUCGGCACUCUCUCCUGGGUUUUUCCUGCCUCUGCAAUCCCAGUUCGCCCUCCAGCUCCCUGGCAAUGUGGAAGGCCAUGUGCCCCAGAUCAAAACCAGCCUGGCCCCGCUGGCAACAGGAACCCCUGGCCUCCCGCCCAGCACAGAGUACAGCAGUGACAUCCAGCUGCCCCCCGUGGCUCCCCCAGCCAGCUGCUCAGCACCCACGUCAGCCGCUCCGCUGGCCCUGCCUGCCUGUCCAGACACCAUGGUGUCUCUGGUUGUGCCCGUCCGCAUCCAGACCAACAUGCCGUCCUUCGGGAGCGCCAUGUACACCACUCUCUCCCAGAUCCUGGUCACCCAGUCCCAGGGCAGCUCAGCAACUGUGGCUCUUCCUAAGUUUGAGGAGCCCUCAUGCAAAGGGACGUCUGUAUGCGGAGCAGAUGUGUACGAGGUCGGGCCCAGACCAGCCGGGGUAAGUGAAGAGCAGGGCAGAGGUUUCCCGACUCCAUACCUGAGAGUGCCGGUGACAUUACCUGAAAGAAAAGGCACUUCCCUGUCAUCAGAGAGUGUCUUGAGCCUGGAGGGGAGCUCAUCAACUGUGGGGGGAAGCAAACGCGUCCUUUCACCAGCUGGCAGCCUUGAACUUACCAUGGAAACCCAGCAGCAAAAAAGAGUGAAGGAAGAGGAGGCUUCCAAGGCAGAUGAAAAACUUGAGCUGGUAAAACCGUGCAGCGUGGUGCUUACCACCUCCGAGGAUGGCAAGAGACCAGAGAAGUCCCACUUGGGCAGCCAGGGCCAGGGCAGGAGGGAGCUAGAAACACUGUCCAGCCUGUCCUCGGAUCCAUCUGACCCAAAGGAAAUGUCUCCCCUUCCCCACCCCUCAUCGCCCCAUGUGACAGCCCCAGGCCCAGAGGCUUUGAAGGAAUAUGCCCAGCCAUCUGGUAAACCUCACCGAAGAGGGUUGCUCCCACUGAGUGUGAAGAAAGAAGAUUCCAAGGAACAAGCUGACCUCCCUCCACUGGCACCUCCCAGCUCGCUGCCUCUGUCAGAAACGCCCCCCAGACCAGCCAAGUCACAAGAAGGUACGGACUCAAAGAAGGUACUGCAGUUCCCCAGCCUCCACACGACCACUAAUGUCAGUUGGUGCUAUUUAAACUACAUUAAGCCAAAUCACAUCCAGCAUGCAGAUAGGAGGUCCUCUGUUUACGCUGGUUGGUGCAUAAGUUUGUACAACCCCAACCUUCCGGGAGUUUCCACUAAAGCUGCUUUGUCCCUCCUGAGGUCUAAGCAGAAGGUGAGCAAAGAGACAUACACCAUGGCCACAGCUCCGCAUCCUGAGACAGGAAGGCUUGUGCCAUCCAGCUCCCGCAAGCCCCGCAUGACAGAGGUUCACCUCCCUUCGCUGGUUUCCCCGGAAGCCCAGAAAGAGAUAGCUAGAGUGGAGAAGGAAGAGGAGAAGCGAGGGAAGCCGGAGGAGGACGCUCCUGCCUCCAAGAGAGGGGAGCCGGCCAGGAUCAAAAUCUUCGAAGGAGGGUACAAAUCAAACGAAGAGUAUGUAUAUGUGCGAGGCCGCGGCCGAGGGAAAUAUGUUUGUGAGGAGUGUGGAAUUCGCUGCAAGAAGCCCAGCAUGCUGAAGAAACACAUCCGCACCCAUACUGACGUCCGGCCCUAUGUGUGCAAGCACUGUCACUUUGCUUUUAAAACCAAAGGGAAUCUGACUAAGCAUAUGAAGUCGAAGGCCCACAGCAAAAAGUGCCAAGAGACGGGGGUGCUGGAGGAGCUGGAAGCCGAAGAAGGAACCAGUGAUGACCCAUUCCAGGACUCGGAAGGGCGAGAGGGCACAGAGGCCGUGGCAGAGCACCAGUUUUCAGACCUGGAGGACUCGGACUCGGACUCAGACCUGGACGAAGAUGAGGAUGAGGACGAGGAGGAGAGCCAGGACGAGCCAUCAGGCCCGUCCUCGGAGGCACCCCCACCUGGCCAGCCAGCCUCGCUGCCGGCAGACUCCUCACCUGUUCGGGGCCCUCAGCCCCCAGAUGCCACCUCUGACAACCAAGCUACGUGGGGCAGCUCGGUCCCAGAAGCCGAGCGCUUGGCAGCUGGCAGCAGCUCCAUGUCCAGCCAAAGCAUCCUGUGCCUCCCCCAGCUGGGACCAUUGGGCUCCGUGGAGAAGGACACAGGCUCGGCCCUGAGCUCCAAGGCCGUAUCCCCGAGAAGGCCAUGGUCCCCGAGCAAAGAAGCAGGCAGCCGCCCACCACUCGCCCCAAAACUCUCACUAACCAAAAGUGACUCGUGGCUGGCCCCGCGGGCCCUCUACCCGCCUGCGCCUCUACCUCACAAGCUUCUCGGCAGAAGCCCAGCGGAGACCUGCGCCUCCACGUGGCAGAAGGCCGAGUCGCCAAGUCCCUCCUGUUCACCUGGCCCUGCUCGUCCUCUCUUCUCCCGACCCUUCUCCGCCUCCCACGAAUUCCACAGCCACAGCCCGGCCCGGACAGAGGAAAACAUCUUCAGCCACCUGCCUCUGCACUCCCAGCACUUGACCCGCGCCCCGUGCCCCCUGAUUCCCAUUGGCGGGAUCCAGAUGGUGCAGGCCCGGCCCGGGGCCCACUCCACCCUGCUGCCGGGGCCCCGCGCCACCUGGGUCAGCGGCUUCUCGGGGGGUGGCAGCGACCUGACAGGGGCCCGGGAGGCCCAGGAGCGAGGUCGCUGGAGUCCCACCGAGAGCUCUUCGGCCUCCGUGUCCCCUGUGGCUAAGGUCUCCAAAUUCACACUCUCCUCGGAGCUGGAGGCCGGGGACUACCCCAAGGAGAGGGGGAGGACGAGCGGGGGCCUGGGCCGACCUCCCGACGGGGAGCCCCAUGUGGCCAAGGUGCCCGCAGAGCCCACCCCCAGCCCCCGCACCCCGCACGAGGCCUCACCCUGGCCACCCCAGGGCCGCAAGGCAGAGGCCCGGAACCCCCGCCUGGAGUCACCGCGCGCGCCAGCCCACCCCACCCCUGCCACCCCGCCGCUGGACCGCAGCAGUUCCGUGGGCUGCCUGGCCGAGGCCUCUGCUCGCUUCCCAGCCCGGAGGAGGAACCUCUCUGGGGAACCCAGGACCAGCCAGGGCUCCCCCGAGCCCUCAGGAAGUGAGGGGCCCAGGGCACCUCCACACCAGCCCGAGGACCAGGGCCCCCGGAGCACUUAGCCUCCCUCCGACCGCUUCAGCAUCUGGAUUCCGGUAUUUGGCAACAGACGUUUCCAGCCGACUUCCUCGAAUCAUCAUGCCGCCACGGGCUCCCCUUCCCAUCUGUUGAUCUGUCCAAGCAGCUUCUGCUCGCCCCCAUCCGUCUUAUCUUCCCAUCACGUAUGCAGUUACCUGUGCCUUUUUCUAUAACCUUUUGUUGCUUGAAAAGAAACAAACACACACACACACAAACAUAAAAAAAAAAAAACCACGAGGAGUCUGAGGCUGUGAAUAUUUAGGUGGGGCCUCACCCUGGGCCACUGUGGUCAGCAGCCACCCCCCUAUGGCUGGCAAGAGGCGGUCAUUUGCUGAGAAAAAGGGGUUGCACUGAGGAAGAGAAGGAAAAAAAAGAGAGAAACUUUUAAAAAUAUAUAAUUAAAUGUAAAAGCAAGCACUUCUAUGUACAGAUGUUUAUGGUUCUUAUUUAUUGCUGCUUUAUCCCGCCCCAGGUAGUGGCCACCCCUGGCUGCCAGCAGAUGGACAAGCCAGGAGACUCCACGGGCAGGCCCAGAAAACUCCAACUUUCUUUUUUCCCAAGAGAAAGACAAUGUUACUUUUCCUAGGAUUUCAACACAAAAUAUAUGGAGCGGGUAGAAGGUAGGAGCAGGUUUGUUCUCCAGGGCUCCCAGCCCCCCUGGGUGUCUGAGUCAAGAUCCCAUCCUGACAGCUGACGGGUAGACAAAUCCUCCUGCCCCUCCCCCACCCCAGCACCUCUGCUCUGCACCCCCACCCCAACCUCUGGGCUGGGAAAGGAGCCUUGACCAUCUGUCUCCUGGUUCCUGAGCACCUGACCUCGGCCUUGCUCUCAGGGCCCCGGCCACUGGCUACCUUCCUUGUUCUAGAAACUACCCACAAGGCUGAAGUGACAGGACCCAACCCCUGGGGGUCAAGAUCCAAGGUGCACUGCCUUGCCGUUCCUGAGGCCAGGCUAGGGCUUCGUCUCACGUCUGGUCCCUGGGGUGCAAAGGGCCCGUUUCCUCCGUGGCUGGGCUUUUCCAGUGCUCAGCACUGGAAGUUUGCAAGGACCCAUUUCUGGACCUCUUUGCAGCAGGACUGGUCCUCCUGUCCCCACUCCACACACUGUCAGGCCUCCAAUAUCUCCAGGAAGUACCCAAAUCCAGGACUGGUGAGAACUGCCCAGCCUCCUCUUGGUUGGCAUAAAUCUCCUUUUAAAAAUAAAAUUAUAUAUCUAUCUCCACAAAGAUCGUGGUGUUUGAUACUUCCCCUGGCCUCCUGUUGUCUGAGGUCAUUUGAGUUCUUCUCCAAAGCAAUCAGCAAUAGCUAGUGACUCCUUCUUCAUCCCUGUCUUCUCCUUCAAGAAGCUGCCCUGUAUUUCCUGGGACAAAAACCUGCUUUGUAAAAUUUUUAAACAUGUAAAGAUAACGUGAUUAUAAGUUAAAAUUCCAAAUUGAAAUGUGGAACUUGAACUCUAGCAUGCUGACCCGAUCCUGGGAUUGGUGAGUUUUCCCCCAACCUCCAGAAAUUAUUUUCUUUAGUUCCCCGCUGGGAGGAGAAGGCACAGAGGCCAUGGUCACGGCCCAGCCAGGCUAGGUGCUAAUGCCACAGAGCAGGGACCUCCUUGGGCGGUCCCCAUUCCUCAGCCAGGCUGUAUGAGUCCUGUGGCCAUAGGAGGCUCCUGGGUUGAACUUGUUUAGGCAGGACACCGUGAGGUGCAGAGAGCUGAGGCACUUCCGUGAGCUCAGGCAUAAUUCCAUCUUCUGCCAGUUUAGGGCCUUUCCCUGCUUGACUUCUGCUGUGAGGACAAAUCAGCCACAGGUCCAGCCUUCAGACCACCUACUUCAUUUCCCUUUGACCUCUCUCAGCACUAAGACAAAAAGGGGACAAUAGGGAAGGGCCUCCCUGGAGAUCUGCUGGGCUCCAGGGUGCGGGGGGAUGGGGAGCAGUUCCCAGCUGCCUGCCCCAGAGUCUGGGACUCUUGCCUCCCCCUCCCCCUCGCCGCCUAGAAGAAGACCAGCAAGCCCAGCCUUGGCCACACUGGCACUGGUUUGGCCUGGCAGGAGGUGGGAAGGAGUCCAGCCCCAGUUACAGCUUAGGCCAGAGGUCGGGGCUUUCCUCACCCUCACCUUUCAACCCUACCCCCGGGGGCUGCCCAAGGACUGGAGACUUCAAGGGCUGAGGCCUGGGAGCUGGCUAAAGGGCAUUGCUUCAGCCCAGGUUUGAAAUCUUCCUGGGCAAGAUCUUCCAGCUCCAGACCUACAAAGCAGCAGACUGGGGGCUCUGCUGGACUAGACCCUGACCUUGGGUGUGGCCACGCCCCUCCACCCAGCCCUGCACCCCAGCUCUCCUGGGUAUCACUCCCCCUCCGCACUCCCCGUACUGAGACAGCCCAGCCAGCAAGGUUUCCUUCCUGGAGGCCUAGUCAUGGACGGUGUGGCCAGCAGGGGAGAGCCCUCAGGGCCACCCGGGCUCACAGGCACAGGCAGAGGGGAUGGACGCCAGGAGUUACUGGAGAACAGUCUCUCAAUGACAGUGACACAGUGUGCAAGCAAGCUGGCCUGCACAGGUGCCCAGGGAAAUAGCAUCAGUGCCGCCAGCCUGGGCGGUAGGUCACUGGGCCUGGCUCUAAUCCCCUCUGCCAGACUCCACUCCCGCUUCCCCAAGCACAGAGCCCCCCAGCCCACGUGCACACCUUCACAAAGUGGAAAAAGACUCUCACUCCACGCCCACCCCAGGCCCCCUGCCCUGUUCCCAACCACCUGUGCAUUUCCAGCUUGCCUGUGUCACUGUUGUCCCUGUGAAGCAGUGAAGCAGUAGAGAAGGCAGUGCUGAUUUGCUGGCAUGGACACCUAUCGUGUGCUCUGUUGCAAUGUGUGGGAUUGGCCAUUCCUUGGUACAAGCCCGCUCUGGUCCUUGGAUGUUGGUGGGGAUGGGGGUUGGUGACCAACUAAACCAGCCCUGGCCCUCUGUUGGGGAUUCCAAGACACUUGGCUCCCAGGCCCACCCUCCACGAUGUCCUUCACCCUCGGCAAGCUCAGGGUCAUUCUGGGUACUAACCCUGUUCCUCUCCGAGGCACCCUGUACCAAGCCCACUCCCCCUGCCCCUCACCCAUGGCCCUGUCCCCUGAGACCCUUCCAGGAGGCUGACAGCAGCGAACUGCCCACUCUCCCACCUCCAUCCCUUCCAACUUCCAGAUCCAGCAGUCCCUCCACCUCCCUCCAUGGGAAAAAGUCUGAAAGAAUUCAUUUCCAGAACCCUCUAGCACCUGCUCCAUCCUCACUGGGCCCUUUUGAAUGGGAACAAGCAAUAUAGCUGAGCUGAACUGCUCUCUAGUUCCUUCUCUAGACAAAUCUUUUUAAAGCAAAAGUCCUGCCUGGGCAGCCAUCCUUGGAGACAGAUCUGCAGCACUGACCAAGGGGAGAAAAUUCCCAAAGACCCGUUCCACCAAUUCUGCUUCUGUGUUGUGAAUCCAGUCCGCUUUCCAUCGGAAAAGCGCUUCGGCACUUACGAUCACUUUACUAAACCUAGUGUUAAAAAAAGGAAGAGGAAUGAAACAGGAAAAAAGAAUGUGUAGGCAAAUGUAAGAUACACACUCUCUGUAAGAUAAAUAUUUGCCUUUUUUUUCUAAAAGGUGUAUGUAUUCUGUAUGUGAAAUUGUCUGUAGAAAGUUUCUAUGUUCUUAAAUGGCAAUACAUUCCAAAAACCGUACUGUAGAUAUAUGUACAGCAACCACACUGGGAUGGGGUAGUUUUGCCUGUCAUUUUAUUUAAACUCCAGUUUCUACACUUGCAUCCUGCAAUGUCAGUAUGGUAUCUAUCAGUGCAAAAGGGGAAAAAAAAUCAACAAAAAAUCUUGCAGGUCUAAAGCACAGAGUCUGAUGUACAAAAGGAAAAAAAUGCUCAGUAUUGAUGUGUGUGACCUUUGUUGUAAAUUACAUCUGUACUGUGAAUGAGAAGUUUUUACAAGUAUAAUAAUUGCCUUUAUUACAGCUCUGGCUGAGUGUUCAGCCUGAGGAUAUUUUUUAAAAAAAACAGCAUGUUGGAAUAAAUUUGAAAAUCCCAACAUAA